ACAUGCUGCUGUGUAUUUCUCUACUGUGCAGAGAAAUACACAGCAGCAUAUGCUUUCUGGCAGGAGAGAGACCUCUCACACAGAUCUCUUCCCUGUUUGGCUAUACCAGGGGCGGACUGACAACUCAUGGGGCCCCCGGGCAAUAGGGGAUCAUGGGCCCCUGUGUCCUUGCCCAAACUCAAAAAAGCCUAUGAAACAGGUACCAGGGGCAUCUCAUGGGGCCCCCUACUGACCCCGGGCCCUAGGGCAGUGCCCGAGUUUCCAAAUGGUCAGUCCGCUCCUG